UCGUGACAGUUCUUCUAACUGCUAGACAACAUCGAACACAAUGUCCCACAUCACACGGACCAUGAAGAGGUCGGAGGAGAAUACUCAGACGAUUUAGAUUCAACAUUUCUACUAUAUUGGGCUGGAGACUCGAAAAUUGCAUAUGACUCCCACCUAGAUGACGAAGUGAAACGUGAACACCAAUGCGUAGUUAAGUCCAUUUGCCACAUUAAAAAACUGUGGGUUGUACUAUUUGAAGAGGUAGGAAGAUGUCUCAGGUAGCUGUGGAGCCCAGAGAGUUGAUAACCCCUGCACUGAACCAGAAGGAAAAGCUGCCACAUUAUGUGGAUGCUGCCAUAGAUUUUAUUGGAGGGACUGCAGGUGGGAUAGCCAAUGUGUAUGUAGGACAACCUCUGGAUACAGUAAAAGUUAAACUGCAGACAUUUCCAACCUACUAUAAGAAUGCUUGGCACUGUUUUAAACAGACUUAUACCAAGGAAGGCAUUGCCCGUGGCCUGUAUGCAGGUACCGGACCAGCACUUAUGGCUAAUAUUGCAGAAAAUGCUGUGCUUUUUGCAGCCUAUGGACAGUGUCAAAAACUGGUAGCAUUUGGCGUUGGAAAAAGUGGAAAAGUUGAUGAUCUAAAUGUUGUUGAGAAUGCCUUGUCUGGAAGCUGCGCUGCUGUAUUUUCUUCUAUUGUUCUCUGCCCUACUGAACUGGUGAAGUGCCGUCUCCAAGCCAUGAGGGAAAUGGCUGUCACUGGUCUGUCUGAAAAGCAGAGAAUAGGACCUUACCAACUCACCAGGCAGAUUCUUCAAGAGGAGGGUUACAGGGGGCUAUUUAAGGGAUUGUCUGCCACAUUUGCCAGGGAAGUACCAGGGUAUUUUUUCUUUUUUGGAGGUUAUGAAAUCACGAAAGCAUUCCUCACUCCCCCAGGAAAGACUAAGGAUGAUGUAGGGCCCCUUGGUACAGUUCUAGCGGGGGGCGUCGGAGGAGUGUCUUUGUGGAUUGCAGUAUUUCCUACAGAUGUGGUGAAAUCUAGAAUCCAGGUUCAGUGCGUUGGGAAAGGGGCGACUCCUCCCUUUUUUGGUACACUGAUUAAGAUAUUUAAAGAAGAAGGUAUAGGUGCCCUAUAUAGGGGUCUUGGGCCAAAUCUGUUAAGAACAUUUCCUUCAACUGGUGCUCUAUUCUUGGCAUAUGAAGUGACAAAAAGGAACCUGACCAACUUGGCGUCUUCCUAGCACACUGUUCACUGCUUUGGAACGAAGACUCAGCUGAAGAUACCAUGUGGCAGCUUUUCAUUUUAUGUUCAUGUCACGUCAUACCUCCAUAUUUAUUCAUACACAUGAGCAGACUGAUUUCCUGAUAUGUAUCAAUAUGAUUGUCAAGAACAUGAAGCACAUUUUGAAAUAUAUCAGCAUUAAUUUUGUAAGCUGAUGAAUUAAUAGGAAACAGGACAAGCUCAAUACAAGUCAACAAUGGGACCAUGUAAUAUGAAAAUGGUGAAGCAUAGACUCAGAACUUUGCUUAUUUUAGAGACAAGAAAACUGAAUUUUUUAUUUUUAAAUAUGCUCAUGCAGGAAAGGCUCAAUGGGUGCUGCACAGUUAUGAAAAAUACACAAUUUUAAAGUGACAAAAGGACUAGUCCCCUGCACAUCAGAUGAUUGGAGUUGUAUACACUGUGACUGAAAUAAAUCUGAAAAGGAUGAAGGACCAUACGUACUUUUAUGCCAAUGUUCCUGUAGUUUGCAGUCGUAAAUGAUAACGUUUAUAAUAAUAAUAGUGACAAUAAACGAUGGAGAAGCAGCAGCUUUGUCUGGAGAAUUCUUUUUCCCUGCAAAAACCGUGUUCUUUUGAAGGUGGAACUAACCUGUUGCCUAAGCAAUUAAUGGUUGGGAUUUUCCUCCCUUUAAAACUUUGACUCUUGUCUCCUCAAUGCCAAUUCCUUUGGACUGUAAAAGGCCAUCAAAAUUAUUGCCAGUCUUUCAAAUGAAUGGAAAGUAUUAAACACGUAUACUUCAACAAAUUAAGUUAAAAGUGAAACUCCAUUUUAUCAUAUCAAAAAUAGUGCAAAUAUAUGUGAAGGCCUCAGAUCGCUGCCGUUCUCAGACUGUUGUAAGAAAAUUGGUCUCUACAAUGUACUUUACAAUAAUAUUUAAACCUUACUGUCUUAAUGUUUUCUUUAUCAUAGAAUAUGACAAUUUUAAGUUAACACACAAUCAAGAUGUGGCGUUAAUUAAUCCAGUUUUAACAUAACAACAACCAUAGCAAAGAUGGAAUUAAAAUAAGUUCUGGUAUUGCUAGGAGUCCGUAAAAUUCAGCCCCGUCAGUCUGA